ACUAAGGAAUAAAAACGCCGCUAUUUAUAGCAAAAAGAAUUAUAUAUAUUCAAAAUUUUGGUGUUUCUUCAUUUCUUGGGUUCCUCAGAGUGCCGAGAAAAGACAGGGUACAUCCGUAAUAAAAGAUGUUAGAGCAGUUACUAAUUUUUACUCGAGGAGGAUUAAUCCUCUGGACAUGUAAAGAGUUUGGAAAUGCUCUUAAGGGAUCACCAAUUGACACCUUGAUCCAAUCCUGUCUUUUAGAAGAACGAUCUGGUGCAGCAUCGUACAAUUAUGAUGGGCCCCAAGGUGCCGCUUACACACUAAAAUGGACCUUCCAUAAUGAUCUUGGCCUUGUGUUUGUCGCUGUGUAUCAGCGAAUCCUUCAUCUAUUGUAUGUGGACGAACUGCUUGCAAUGGUGAAGCAUGAGUUUUCAGAGAUUUAUGAUCCAAAACGGACGGCUUACAGUGAUUUUGAUGAAACUUUUAGGCAACUGAGAAAGGAGGCUGAGGCUCGGGCUGAGGAAUUGAAGAAAUCAAAGCAGAUGAGCAAGCCUUUAAGUAAUAGUAAGAAGCAAGGACAGGUGCAAAAGAGUGGGUUCGAAGGAGGAAGUAAGAAAAGGAGUGAAGGUGCUUUGGCCAAUGAUGGUGGGGAUGGUGAUAGAAGGAAAGGCAGUAAACUGGCGAAUGGCCACUCCAAUGGCCAUCAUGUUGAUAUUGUAGAAUCUAAGGUAAAUGGUGCAGAUAACGGAAUAGAAAAUAUGAGCUCCAAUGCUGGGGCGUUUGAUGUAAAUAAGCUUCUGAAGCUUAGAGCUAAAGGUGGGAAGAAAACAGAUACUAUUGUUAGCAAGGGCUCCAAGAUAGAGCCAAAAAAAAAGAUAACAAAGAAGAAUAGAGUUUGGAAUGAUUCACCCCCUCCAGAGAAAUUGGAUUUUACGGAUUCUAUGGGUGAGAAUAGGAAUCAUAUAGAUGUUGUUGCAGCUGAUCAUGGUGAAAGUAUGAUGGACAAGGAGGAGAUCUUCAGUAGUGAAAGUGAGGAUGAAGAAGAUGAGGGAGUGGAGAAGGACAGCAGGCCUGAAACUAAGAAGAAGGGGUGGUUUUCAUCAAUGUUCCAAAGUAUUGCGGGCAAAGCGAAUUUGGAGAAGUCAGACCUGGAACCAGCUUUGAAAGCUCUCAAGGAUAGGCUCAUGACCAAGAAUGUGGCUGAGGAGAUAGCUGAGAAGCUCUGUGAAUCAGUGGCAGCAAGUCUUGAGGGGAAAAAGUUGGCUUCAUUCACAAGGGUAUCUUCAACAGUGCAGGCAGCAAUGGAAGAAGCUCUUGUUCGUAUUCUAACUCCUCGCCGGUCAAUUGACAUACUGAGGGAUGUGCAUGCUGCCAAGGAACAAGGGAAGCCGUAUGUUGUUGUUUUUGUUGGUGUGAAUGGAGUUGGGAAAUCUACCAAUCUAGCCAAGGUUGCCUACUGGCUUCUGCAGCAUAAUGUCAGUGUCAUGAUGGCUGCUUGUGACACAUUCCGAUCAGGAGCUGUUGAGCAGUUGCGGACUCAUGCACGAAGACUCCAGAUCCCUAUAUUUGAGAAGGGCUAUGAGAAAGAUCCUGCUGUUGUAGCAAAGGAAGCAAUCCAGGAGGCAACACGAAAUGGUUCUGAUGUGGUUCUUGUUGAUACUGCUGGUCGAAUGCAGGAUAAUGAACCAUUAAUGAGAGCACUCUCAAAGCUUAUUAACCUUAACAAUCCUGAUCUGGUCUUGUUUGUUGGAGAGGCCCUGGUUGGAAAUGAUGCCGUUGAUCAACUUUCAAAGUUCAAUCAGAAAUUAGCCGACCUUUCAGCUACACCUAGUUCCAGAUUGAUAGAUGGGAUCUUACUCACUAAGUUUGAUACCAUUGAUGAUAAGGUGGGAGCUGCACUUUCAAUGGUCUACAUUUCUGGGGCACCGGUCAUGUUUGUUGGCUGUGGACAGUCAUAUACAGACCUUAAGAAACUCAAUGUCAAAUCAAUUGUUAGGACCCUCCUUAAAUGAGAAUGUGUGCUGGUUUCAUCCCUCAUUGCUGUGCUGUUUGUCUGACAGUUAUGGACAUGUAUGUUGCUGCGGAAUCCCUGUGUAAUCCCUUAUGACCCCAUGAACUUGUUGGAGGUGAAUCAGUCGCUUGCGGCUGCAAUUUAUGUUGUAGUUAUUUUAUUUGGUCCAUUGUGAGUCUCCUUUGUGUGUA